CGGUGCGGUACUGGGACCAGUGCUGUGUGAGAACUUAGGGUCAGGGAGCGGGGAGGGGGAGUAACCUGGGCGGUUGUGCGGGGUAGAGGGUCGGAGCCUUGGUGGUGUGUUGUGUGCGGGAGGUAUAGCUGUGGCAGAACCGUCUUCUCUCUCUCUGUCUCUCACAGCACCCCGCCUUUCCCGCACACUCAGAGCCAUUUUGGUUGUGACUCUGCAUCUCCCCAUUCAUAGACAGCGACCAAGCGCUCUGAGCACAUCCGACAUGAAGAUCAAGGAUGCCAAGAAGCCGUCUUUCCCAUGGUUUGGCAUGGACAUUGGUGGAACCCUGGUUAAACUCUCCUAUUUUGAACCUAUUGACAUCACAGCAGAAGAGGAGCAAGAGGAAGUGGAAAGCUUGAAAAGCAUUCGGAAAUACUUGACUUCCAAUGUAGCUUAUGGCUCUACAGGUGUUCGUGAUGUCCACCUAGAACUUAAAGACUUGACUCUCUUUGGCAGGAGAGGAAACUUGCACUUUAUUCGAUUUCCAACCCAAGACCUCCCUACUUUCAUUCAAAUGGGGAGGGAUAAAAACUUUUCAACACUUCACACAGUCUUGUGUGCAACUGGUGGUGGUGCCUAUAAGUUUGAAGAAGAGUUUAGAACAAUUGGGAAUCUUCAGCUGCACAAACUUGAUGAACUUGAUUGCCUUGUUAAAGGGUUGCUGUACAUAGAUUCUGUCAGUUUUAAUGGACAGGCAGAGUGCUAUUAUUUUGAAAAUGCCUCCCAUCCUGAGAGGUGCCAAAAAAUGCCUUUCAAUCUGGAUGACCCUUAUCCUCUGCUGGUUGUAAACAUCGGUUCUGGAGUCAGCAUUCUUGCAGUCCAUUCUAAAGAUAGCUAUAAAAGAGUAUGUGGAACAAGUCUAGGCGGUGGUACAUUCCUUGGUUUAUGCAGUUUAUUGACUGGCUGUGAAAGUUUUGAAGAAGCACUUGAAAUGGCUUCAGCUGGAGAUAGCACCAAUGCAGAUAAACUAGUCCGGGACAUAUAUGGAGGAGACUAUGAAAGAUUUGGUCUCCCUGGUUGGGCUGUAGCAUCAAGUUUUGGGAACAUGAUCUGCAAAGAUAAACGUGAAUCUGUUAGUAAAGAAGACCUGGCAAGGGCCACUUUGGUAACCAUAACUAAUAACAUUGGAUCCAUUGCACGAAUGUGUGCUGUUAACGAGAAAAUAAACAAAGUUAUUUUUGUUGGCAACUUUCUGCGUGGGAAUACCCUUUCUAUGAAGCUUCUUGCCUAUGCAUUAGAUUACUGGUCAAAUGGUCAACUAAAGGCAUUAUUCCUGGAACAUGAGGGCUAUUUUGGUGCAGUUGGUGCUCUUUUAAGACUACCGAAUUUCUCCUAAAACAGUGAUGAUGGAUGUGAAGGUUUUUUUUUUUUUUUUUUGUGGGUUUUGAAAACUUGUUUAUUCAAUGGGUACCAAAUAAGAGCAUGGACCUACUUUCUCUAAAAAUGUCUCCCUAUUUGAAAAAUUAGUAAACUGUAACAACGUGAAAUAUUGAAAAGCUUGGUAACCCCUCAACACCAAGUGUGUUUAAUCAUUUCUCAUAGAAAUGCUUUUGUUUCCUGGUGGCAUUUAAUCCUGUAUAUGGAGCCAGUAGAUAAUCCUGAAACACACACUGUACUGUAAAUAUAAUGCUGUUUAACUUGGACACUAACAGCAAAGUUUUCUAAGCCAUUCCAAUAGGCCACUUCAGGUGCAUCCUAUUAUUAACCUAUAUUACUGGCUUUUAGCAGUGCCAUUGUAAGCACUGAAAAUGGGUUCUUAUCUUGUUUUGGCCUAAAGUAUUUCCAGUACUAUAUGUGUUUUGUGUCCCUUUUAAUAAAAUGUUGUUUAUUAAUUAAAGGGAUCCUUAUGACCUGAUCCUUUUAACAAAUUCUGGUCAUAGUAAAUGUGAUUUUGUUUUGAUCCUCUAAUUGUGCAAAUACUUUUCUUUUUAUAUAUAUAUAUAUAUAUAUUGUUUCUAAUUUUUCUACUUCAUGAUAUAAGUGCAUAUAUUGCAUAGAUUCCUGAAAAUGGAACCAUGUAUUCUAAUUGUAUAUUAAUUUUUCAACAUGUUGAAUAUAUCCCUUCAUGAAGAAAUGCUUUAGAUAAGGCAGCUACAACAAAUCUUCCAACUUGUGUUUACCAGAACUCAAUGCACAUUUUAAGUGUGUUGUGUGUUGGUUUUUAUGUUAGUAAUUCAUUCCACUCAGUCUCUUGUCAUUUCUCUUCUCCAGUAUUAGGUUUAUAUGUAAAAUCAUAAUGUUGAGUAUUUGAAAAGUGUAAAGAAGAAUAUUAAGAGUUUACUUUUAUUAACCUUAAGUGUAAUCUACUGAUUGCUCCUCCAUACACCUUGUGGAACUGCUGAAACUGAAGGUGUCUUAUCUCCUGGAAUUCUGACAAAUUGUGUACUUCUCAUUAUUAACUGGACAAAUGUAGUAGCCUUGUAUGUAUAGUAAAUCCAUGAUUUUAUGGCGUUUUUUUAUAAUGGGGAAAAUAAUGGUUCUUGUGCUCUUGUCUGGAAGUGUGAAUCUUUGCAAGACUUCCUCAUUGCAACCUUUACACGUUCAGCUCAACUACUCUGAGCAAUAGGUGUAGUAAAAAAUGCCUUAUGAAAUAUUUGUCAAUUCAUGCUGCUGAAAUAGUAGUGUCCUUGCAAGAUGAGAAUAUAUAAGUUCUGAGUUGCAAUAUCUGGCUAUGGGUGGUAAUACUUAUAUGGUGCCAUAGUAGGAAGUAUUUUAGUCUUUGGUUAAUAUGUAAACGCAUAUUUGGCUGUUUAUCCAAAGAUUGUGUAUAAAUAAGGACCAGUUUAAUUUUUUAUUGUUAGAGGCAAAAGGUCUAUUUUAGUUAUUAUUUACAUGGCUAAUUAGAAGUGUUAAACAGUUUAUUUGUAAAGAAAGUGAGUAAUUUGUUCAAAGUGAACUUCAUUAAACACUGCAGUGUUUUGUUUUUA